UGUAUGUGUUUGUCUGUGUCAUUUGUUGCAUGUCAGUUUACCUGUGGCUCCUUCUCUUGUUGGAUUUUUUUGAAGUAAGUUUUUGUUUGCCCUUUGUUUAAAGAAUAAAUAGUUUUAGUGAAUCCUGCAUCUGGGUCCUCCUCUUCGUUUUUGCGAUCCUUGACAAAAACACCGAGAAAUAAUGAUGCAGCUGUCAUCACUGGAGGCCAAACCUUAAAUCUUCUGACCAAACAUUGUAUUCAUCCUGCUCUGUAACUCACAGAGACAUUCACUGUGUCCUUUACUUGCCCCGCCCUUGUUUGACGGGUUUCGGCUUAACCAGUUUAGCCUCCCACUCUGUUUACUCUAUAUAACCUGCACCCGUAGUACCUGUGAGAUCACUCUGCCACUGUGCUGACUCAAGUCACGGACAGCCUUCAGAGCAUCAUCACAGUAAGAGAGGGAACACACAGCGCUACAUUUCCACCAUGUCGCACGACCACGAGGACUGCUACCUGUGUAAGGAGUCCCUCAGAGACCCCGUGUCCAUCCCGUGUGGACACAUCUUCUGCUCCGUCUGUCUGAAGACAUACUGGGACCAUGCUGAUCAUACAGGUUCCUACCUCUGCCCGCAGUGCAAGGUCAGCUACAGCAAGAGACCCGCCCCGAGACGUGUUGGAAGCCCCCGGCACUCCAGCCUGCCACGCAACUCCGAACCCUACCCACCUCCGCCUCCGUCCCCUGACUACAACUCUGCAGGACCCCAGGAUGUAGCCUGUGACAUCUGCAUCGGCAAGAAGAACAAAGCCGUCAAGUCGUGCCUGAUGUGCCUGGCCUCCUACUGCGAGAGGCAUCUCAAGGCUCACUUUGAGGCGCCCACGUUCAAAAGGCACAAGCUGGUGGACGUGGUGGAAGUCCUGGACCGACACAUCUGUCCACAGCAUCAGAAAGGUCUGGAGCUGUUCUGUCGCACCGACCAGAUGUGUAUCUGUGUGCUGUGUACGGUGAAGGAACACAAAGGUCACGACAUGGUGUCUGCUGAGCAGGAGCGAGCGGACGAGCAGCAACGGUUGGGCGCAACCCAGGCGGAGAUCCAGGAAAAGAUUCAUGACCGACUCAAGCAGAUGGAGGAACUGAAACAAGCUGUGGACUCCCUCAAGAACUCGGCCCAGAGAGCGCUGCAGGAGUGUGAGAAGAUGUUUAGCGACAUGAUGCGCUCCAUCGAGAGGAUGCAGCAAGAGAUGGCCAAGUUGAUCACGUCCAACAAGAGAGCAGCGCUGAACAACGCGGAGGGCCACAUGGAGCGUUUGAGCCACGAGAUCGCCGAUUUGAAGAGGAGAGACAACGAGAUCACCCAGCUGUCUCGCACUGAUGACCACAUCCACUUCAUCCAGAGCUUCCACAUGCUGAUUGCCCAGACCGAGGCAGAGGAGCUGCCAACCGUGAGCGUCAACCCCUACUUCACCUUUGGCCCCGUCACCAAGGCUGUGUCCGAGAUGAAACAGCACCUGAAUGAAUUCAGCAACGAUGAGCUGGUUAAGGUGGCCAAGACGGUUAACAAAAUGACCUUCUGUGAGCUGGAUGAAACCAAAAAGAGACAGUCAAUAAAAAAUGUUGACCAACAGGCACCGGCCCUGAACAGGUCUCUCCCAGUCCAGGAACCUAAGCACCGGGACGAUUUCCUGAAAUACGCCUGCCAGCUCACUCUGGACCCCAACACCGCCUACAGACAGCUCUACUUAUCUCGAGGGAACAGGAAAGCUGCCCUCAAGAGAGACCCCCAGACCUACGGUGACCACCCUGCCAGGUUCGACUCCCUGCCUCAGGUCCUGUGCUCGGAGCCUCUCUCUGGAGGAGCUUACUACUGGGAGGUGGACUGGAGCGGGGAGGGGGCCGCCAUCGGACUCGCCUACAAAGGCAUCAAGAGGACGGGAUACGGGGACAGCUGCCGCAUAGGAUACAACCGCAAGUCCUGGAGCCUGUUCUGCUCUGACUCCAGCUACUCGGCCCGACACAACAAAGACCAGCUGGAGGUCACCGGCCCCUACUCUCCUCGAAUCGGGGUGUUCCUGGACCACGCCGGGGGGACCCUCUCUUUCUACGCCGUAGGGGACAACAUGUCUCUCAUCCACCGCUUUAAAACCCCCUUCAGUGAGGCUGUGUACGUGGGCUUCUGGGUCUGGUAUGAGUCUUCCAUCACCCUGCUGCAGCUGUGAUAGAAAUGAAACACUCACGAUGAUAAAUGUACAGCUGUGAUUUUUUGUUUUAGGUUUAGAGAACAUAAAUCACUUUUAUCUGCUAUGAUGAUUAAUAUAUUAUAAUUCUUGUGUUGUUAUCUUAAACUUCCUGUGAGAUGUUUGGAGUAUCAGGGAGCUUUGCUUUAUGACUGUGAAGAUUCUGUUAAUGGUGAAUAAAGAGAAUGAGCAUUUACACUUUUUAAAAUGAUGCCUUUAAUUGAUUGCAACAUGUGAUGUGAUCAUUUAUAAAUGUCAGGAUACACUUAUUUGUUUUCCAAUAAAAAUUUUAUAACAAGG